CGUUUGAUGGAUGAUCCACAGACUAUGCAAAGGCUGGUUCAAUAUGGAAGGAUUAUUAUGGCUGAUCUUUUGAGACAUGAUAAGCGUGAUCCAUCCGAAUUCUACACAGCAUAUGAUCGAAUGAUUGCUUUCAUUACUAAUGAAAAUAAUAUGGAUACAAUUCGCAGCGAGCUUAAGUCAAGAAAAGUAGAGAGCACAAAUUUAUGGGAUACUCUUUUCGACUUAAUUAUUCUGGACGCAUUUGAAGAUUUACAACGUCCGCCCUCAGCAAUCGCUGCAUUGGUCAAAAAUUCAUUCAUUUCCAAAUCGAUGAAGGAAUCAACAUUAAACAAUUUAAUAUGGUCUAUUAUAAAAGUCAAAAGACAACGUUUACAAGUCAAGGAUGGCUUUAUAUCACAUUUUUAUGAUAUUUCACAAAUAUUGACUAGUUCAUUAGCAAUGGGUUUGUUUGGUGGUAGUGAUAGGGAAUUUACUGAACUCUGUAUUUACUUAAAGGAGCAGAUUUUUGGUUUCAUCCUAGAAAUAUUUAAUCCAAAUAAAGUCCAUUUUACAAAAGUUGAAGAUUUGGCUGUUGAUAUAAAGAAACUGUUGUUUGAUCGGAUGGAGCUGUUGCAAGUAAAACUUCUCAAUGAGUUAUUACCAGCUUAA